GUGAUCCCUUUCAAAGAUGGCCGCCCUGUUGUUUUGAUGAAUAAUACUUGCUGGGGCGAGGGGAUUAGAGUAGGGGUGGAGGGGUAGGAGGAUUUACUCUUUCUGCCGGAGCAUCGCGAGCCUAGUCCUCCUCCUCCCCCCCUGCCCGGGCUCUGGCGUGGAGGCGGGGCGUGGCCGGCCUGCUUUGGGAGGGGAGGGGCUUACCCCUUCUGUGCUGGGCUCUCUGCCUGGGCGGCUGUGGGGUCGCCCUACCUCGGGGCGUCCACUCUGCAGUCGAACCGUUCCCGCCGGGGAUAAAGGGUAGGAAGGAGAGCAGGAUCUGCUGGAGGAAGCGCAGCUGCCGCGCCGCCACCUCUACGAAGGCACGCCAGGCUUGGGGCACGAGGCGAGCUGGAGCUCCAGCUUAGUCUGGGUAACCUGGGAGGCAGAGGGUAGUCAGUGGCGCCUUAAGGUAACCCUGUAGCAGCGGCAGUGGCGGCCAGAGGAGGCUGCUCAGGGAACCAGCGGCUGUAGGAGCCUCUGGGGCGAUUGGAGUGACCGACGCCAAGGCAGUUCAGUGCCUCGUCUUCUUAUUUUUUAACCUCUGACUAUGCAAUUCUGAAACCUCCCCCAUUCGGGGGACCAGACAGCCCUACAGACACCGUCCACUCUUCUCCCGCCCUGGUCUCAAGAACAGAAGGAUCUCUCCCUAACGCCUUUCACCAUUAAGAGGAAAGCGAUGGAGGAGCUGAGCGCUGAUGAGAUCCGGCGGCGGCGCCUCGCUCGACUUGCUGGUGGGCAGACCUCGCAACCGACCACCCCGCUCACCUCCCCCCAGAGGGAGAGCCCGCCGGGGCCUCCGAUCGCAGCAUCGGCCCCGGGCCCCUCCCAGAGUCUUGGCCUCAACGUCCACAACAUGACCCCAGCUACCUCCCCAAUCGGUGCAUCAGGAGUAGCCCAUCGAAGCCAGAGCAGCGAAGGAGUCAGCUCUCUCAGCAGCUCACCAUCCAAUAGCCUUGAAACACAGUCCCAGUCUCUCUCGCGUUCCCAGAGCAUGGACAUCGAUGGCGUCUCUUGUGAGAAAAGCAUGUCCCAGGUGGACGUGGAUUCGGGAAUUGAAAACAUGGAAGUCGAUGAGAACGAUCGGAGAGAGAAAAGGAGCCUCAGCGACAAGGAGCCUCCCUCGGGUUCCGAGGUGUCCGAAGAACAGGCCUUACAGCUGGUCUGUAAGAUCUUCCGUGUCUCCUGGAAGGACCGGGACAGAGACGUCAUCUUUCUUUCCUCCCUGUCCGCGCAGUUCAAGCAGAACCCAAAAGAAGCAGUGUUCUCUGAUUUUAAGGACUUGAUCGGCCAGAUCUUGAUGGAAGUGCUAAUGAUGUCUACUCAGACUAGAGACGAAAACCCCUUUGCCAGCCUGACGGCCACGUCGCAGCCGAUCGCAGCGGCGGCUCGGUCGCCGGACAGGAAUCUUGUGCUAAGCACCGGCUCCAAUCCGGGAGCGAGCCCCAUGUUCUGCAGCGCGGGGUCCUUCGGCGCCAGCUCUCUGUCUAGCCUCUAUGAAACUAGUCCAGCUCCCCACGCGAGUUUCUGGAGCUCUGUGCCGAGGAUGAGCCCGCCUCUCACCUCCCCCUCCGCCGGUGCAGCCAGCCGCGUGGCUGUGCCGGCCCUUUCCCCGGGCGCCCACGGCGCGGCCUCCUCCUCCUCCGGGACUGCGGCGGGAAGCCAGCCCUCGUCGGCGCGGUACCGCCCCUACACUGUCACCCACCCCGGGGGGGCUGCGGCUUCUCCUGCCCCGAGGCCCUCGGGCUGCUCCCCUCGGGCUAGCCCACCGAGCCUCCCCGCCCUGGCUAGUAGCCCUCGAGCAGUGCCGGCCAGCUCUUCCCGACCGAGAGCCACCAGCACGGGGCCGCCUUUACUGCCCGCCUCGCCCAGUGCCGUGCGCAGACGUCCCUCCUCCCUGAGGACCUCUCCUAGUUUGGGAGCCUCUGGUGGGGCGAGUACUUGGGACUCCUACAGCGACCACUUCGCCAUUGAGCCCUGCAAGGAGACCGACAUGCUGAACUACCUCAUCGAGUGUUUUGACCGAGUUGGAAUAGAGGAAAAAAAAGCACCAAAGAUGUGCAGCCAGCCAGCAGUCAGCCAGCUUCUGAGCAACAUCCGCUCCCAGUGCAUAUCCCAUACCGCAUUAGUACUACAAGGUUCCCUCACACAACCCAGGUCCAUGCAGCAGCCGUCCUUCCUGGUGCCGUACAUGCUCUGUAGGAACCUCCCAUAUGGCUUCAUUCAAGAGCUGGUGAGAACCACCCACCAGGACGAAGAAGUGUUCAAGCAGAUCUUCAUUCCCAUCUUACAAGGCCUGGCUCUUGCUGCCAAGGAGUGCUCCCUGGACAGCGACUACUUUAAAUACCCGCUCAUGGCGUUAGGGGAGCUCUGCGAAACCAAGUUUGGGAAGACACACCCCGUGUGCAAUUUGGUCGCCUCUUUGCCGCUGUGGUUGCCUAAGACGCUGAGCCCCGGCUCUGGGCGGGAGCUGCAGAGACUCUCCUACCUGGGGGCCUUCUUCAGCUUCUCGGUCUUCGCCGAAGACGACGCUAAGGUGGUUGAAAAAUACUUCUCAGGGCCUGCCAUCACCCUGGAGAACACUCGCGUGGUUAGCCAAUCGCUGCAGCAUUACUUGGAGCUGGGAAGGCAAGAGCUUUUCAAGAUUCUGCAUAGUAUCUUGCUAAACGGUGAAACCCGUGAGGCUGCCCUGGGCUACAUGGCCGCUGUCGUCAAUGCCAACAUGAAAAAAGCCCAGAUGCAGACAGACGAUAGAUUGGUGUCUACGGACGGCUUCAUGCUGAAUUUCCUCUGGGUGCUGCAGCAGCUGAGUACAAAGAUCAAGCUAGAGACGGUUGACCCCACGUAUAUAUUCCACCCGCGGUGCCGGAUCGCUCUUCCCCACGACGAGACCAGGGUGAACGCCACCAUGGAGGACGUGAGCGAGUGGCUGAGCGAGCUUUAUGGAGACCAGCCUCCCUUUUCUGAGCCGAAAUUCCCCACGGAAUGCUUCUUCCUCACCCUGCACGCCCACCACCUCUCCGUGCUGCCGAGCUGCCGUCGCUACAUCCGCAGGCUCCGGGCCAUCCGGGAGCUGAACAGAACCGUGGAAGAUUUGAAAAACAACGAGAGCCAGUGGAAGGACUCCCCGCUGGCCACGAGGCACCGCGAGAUGCUGAAGCGCUGCAAAACCCAGCUCAAGAAACUGGUACGAUGCAAGGCCUGUGCCGACGCCGGCUUACUCGACGAGAGCUUCCUGAGACGGUGUCUGAACUUCUACGGCCUCCUCAUUCAGCUGCUGCUCCGCAUCCUGGACCCCGCCUACCCCGAUGUGACACUGCCUUUAAGUUCGGACGUCCCCAAGGUGUUCGCAGCGUUGCCUGAGUUUUAUGUAGAAGAUGUUGCCGAAUUUUUAUUUUUUAUUGUACAGUACUCUCCUCAGGUGCUUUAUGAGCCCUGCACUCAGGAUAUCGUGAUGUUCCUCGUCGUGAUGUUGUGCAACCAGAACUACAUCCGAAACCCCUAUCUGGUGGCCAAGCUGGUGGAAGUCAUGUUCAUGACCAACCCCGCCGUUCAGCCGCGAACCCAGAAGUUUUUUGAAAUGAUCGAGAACCAUCCUCUCUCCACUAAGCUGUUGGUCCCUUCCCUGAUGAAGUUUUAUACAGAUGUCGAGCAUACCGGAGCUACCAGCGAGUUCUAUGACAAGUUCACCAUUCGCUAUCACAUCAGCACCAUUUUUAAAAGCCUCUGGCAGAACAUAGCUCACCAUGGCACCUUCAUGGAGGAGUUCAACUCCGGGAAGCAGUUCGUUCGCUACAUUAACAUGCUGAUCAACGACACGACCUUCCUGCUCGACGAGAGCCUGGAGUCGCUGAAGCGCAUCCACGAGGUGCAGGAGGAGAUGAAGAACAAGGAGCAGUGGGAGCAGCUGCCCCGGGAUCAGCAGCAGGCCCGCCAGUCCCAGCUGGCUCAGGACGAGCGAGUCUCGCGCUCCUACCUCGCCCUGGCCACCGAAACCGUGGACAUGUUCCAUAUCCUCACGAAGCAGGUCCAGAAGCCGUUCCUCCGACCCGAACUUGGACCCCGAUUGGCUGCGAUGCUGAACUUUAACCUCCAGCAACUCUGUGGGCCCAAGUGCCGUGACCUGAAAGUUGAAAACCCGGAGAAGUAUGGCUUUGAACCAAAGAAGCUGUUGGACCAACUGACAGAUAUUUACCUGCAGCUGGACUGCGCGCGGUUCGCCAAAGCCAUCGCCGACGACCAGAGGUCCUACAGCAAGGAGCUGUUCGAGGAAGUCAUCUCGAAGAUGCGGAAGGCUGGGAUCAAGUCCACCAUCGCGAUAGAGAAGUUCAGGCUGCUCGCCGAGAAGGUGGAGGAGAUCGUGGCCCGGAACGCGCGCGCCGAGGUCGACUACAGCGACGCGCCGGACGAGUUCCGAGACCCUCUGAUGGACACCCUGAUGACCGACCCGGUGCGGCUGCCCUCGGGCACCAUCAUGGACCGCUCCAUCAUCCUGCGGCACCUGCUGAACUCCCCCACCGACCCCUUCAACCGGCAGACGCUGACCGAGAGCAUGCUGGAACCAGUGCCGGAGCUGAAAGAGCAGAUCCACGCCUGGAUGAGGGAGAAACAGAACAGUGACCACUAGACCGUCCCCCUGCCGCCCUCUGCCGGGGGCAGCCGAGGCCAGCGAGGCGAGCAGGGGCCGCGUGGGCGGCGCGGGGCCCUUCGCACGCGGGGGCCGGGCGCGGCGCGUCCACCGAGAGCCCACCCACAGCGACCGCACGGUGGCCACCUGGACGGACACGAACGAGGAGAGGAGCCCGAUUCCUGUACAUAUAUUUAAGCGACAGACACGGUCAGAAGCCCGAGGGACACACGUGACGACCGACUGCCCGCGCAACGAGAGGCGCCUUUCGUCCGUCACGACCGGGGCUUCGGCGGCGGAAGCGUUUCGGUGAUGGAUGACGAAUGGGCCUGGGCCGCACCCCCUCCGUUCUUUCCCCCCUAAAUCCAACAUCCACUGAUUUGAUUGUGAUUAGAGAACCUUGGACAUUUUGCUGCUAAAGAAUCUUCCCCCCGCCCCCUUCCCGACCCUACUUGCACUGCUGUGGAUUUUUUUAUGAGAAGCAAAAACAAAAAAUAAAUCCCUCUCCCUGGCCCUCCAAACAUAUAUUCUGUGAGAUAACUGUGCCUGCAACAAAGUGUUAAUCCUGGGGUCGUAUUUUUAUAUCAUAUUCACAUAUUUGUUUUUUUAAUUGGUGUUAGAUGACAUGAUUAAUAAAAAAGGCAAGAUAUUUUCAGAA